AGUUACUGUCGCUAGCUUGUGCUGGUUUAUUUUCUGUCCGAUUACAUUUAGAUACAUUAGGGGAAAAUACCCAAUACGCACCUCAAAUGAUUGUGUCGUAGUUUAGAUUAGUCAGCUUAGUUUUAGCACAUUAUCUGUUUCUCACACGAAGUGUAAAUGGGUGCAUAUUACUGUGCGAUAUGUAGGCAAACAACAUUCACGGGGAAGGGACACAUCUUCGGAAAAAAUCACCAGAGCAGACUCAGAGUGGUUCUUCUCAAAUUCUUAGAAAAGGUGAAGGAAGCUCGCCGAACGCUUAAAAAACCCCAAGUAGAAAAGUUUGAUUGCACACAGCACAAACAGACAUUCUGGUGCUACUGCUGCGGGCUUGAAGUUGAAAGAAAUGUUACAGACGGCAAUAUGACUGUGCUGUACGGAGGCCUGAUAGAACACAUGGCAACCCCAGAGCACAGGAAGAAUACUCACAAAUUCUGGUGGGACAAUAAGGCAGACCCCAAGUUUAGAGACAAGGUCAUUAUCACAGAAGAGGAGAGUGAAAGGUUUAAAGCUGAGGUGGCAAACGCUUUGGAAUCAUUUGUGGAGAAGGAAGAUGAAUACAUAAAAAAGCAAGCUGAAGUCAUUCGGGCCCAUGAGAGGCAUCGUCAAGAGGUUCUUCAGUCUCUUUUAGAGCGUGACACAGAGCCGGAGUUCAAUGGACCCAACGGCACAGACGUGUUUGCAGAGGAUCCUGUCAGCUCUCAGUUUCCGCCUCAGUGUUCAGACCGCCCAACGGGGAGCGGCUUUGUCGACUCAAUGGUGGAAGUACCACGUGCUGCAGCAGGACAAGGCCUGACUUUCAUAGGGUAUCAGGAUUCAUCGAACAGUGGAAAUGUUCAUACAGGUGCCGUCCCUCCGUGGCUUCAGGAUGAUCCUCAGGAGGGGACCUCUGGAGCUGCAGCACAACCGGAGAUUGGCCCUUCGUUGCAAGACUUCCUUAAACACAAGGAGCAAGAGAAGCUGAGGAAGCUUCCACCAAACAGAGUUGGUGCCAACUUUGAUCACAGCUCGCAUACAGACGCCAACUGGCUUCCCUCUUUUGGUAGAGUGUGGAACAGCGGCCGACGCUGGCAGUCCAGGCACCAGUUCAGACAAGAGGAAGGGCACAAGAACAGACAGAAGAGGAAGAGGGAGCACGGAGCAGAGGGGUCAAAGAAAACAAAAAUGACUUAACAGCUGACAAAUUCUGACAACGCUUCUGAAUAUAAUAUGUGUUGUGUGAGAGUUCAUGAGGGAAGGGAUGUAUAUAGUUUGUAGAAUGUGAGUGAGAUUUUCUACAGUGUUUCUGGGGAGUUGUACUUGGUUUGACUGCCCAGGCUGACUAAACACUCACUAGCCCAACAAUUGUGUGUAUAUAGGAAGUUGUACGUAACCCUCUUUGUCACAUAAUUCACAGUUUGCAGUAAGGAUAUUAACUCCAUUAAGCAGUGCCUUGUGGAUAUAUUAUGUUGGAAAGUUAUCUUGAAUGAUUGCAUUUUUGUAUAAAAACUCCAAGCUCCAACUUACCAACAUGCUGCACACUCAUUGAUUUAAAUCAGAUUGGUUCUGCCAAUUGAUUGGUCACUGACCUCUUCCAUUUAAAUGAAGGCGUCAUAGUGAAAAUCCUCAUUCAAGGCAUUCUUUACUGCCUGAAUUAUUCCAGCAAGUCCAGGGUUGUGAUUAGGAAGUCGCUCUGUCUGCAGCACUUUGAGAUCGGAGAGGAACAAAACUGUUCUGGUGAAUAAACAGCAGGGGGCGCCAGUCACUCAACUAAUGUAACAAAGAUGUCGAAAUGUGAAGAGAAGAGUUUGUUACAGAUGGUAAAAACCAGGACUGUUGUAUCAAUUUUAUGAACUGAUGUACUAUUUGUCCAUGUGGCCAAUAAGUGGCAGGAAUUUUGUUUUUGAGAGCCGCAAGACCCCCUGUAAUACAUGUGUCUCUUUCUUCUAGCAGUCCUGCUGAAAAGCUUUCAUUUCCCUUUUCAAAACACAUGAUUUGAUGAAUAACUGGACACGGCUUAAAGGCUGCAAAUGCAAACGUUACUUCUCAAAUAAGAUGUGACAGUUAGAAAUGUUAAAACUGCAUCAAAUAUCUGUUAUUCUCAGUAGAAUCAGCACUUCAGAUUUGGUGCUCUCCAAAACGUAAACGCUCCAUUGGCUUCCGUACAAUUUUUUUAUGUAGGAAGAAGGAAGUUAAUUGGUGGUAAGUUUGUCAGUAAAAGCAUCAACAACACUCUGCUCUCAAGCAGCUAAAUUUAAUAUGGUCAGGUCACAAAUUAGAAUUUGCUCUGGUAACGGGACAUCUCAAACAAAUAAACACUGGAUGGGAGGACAACCAACAA